AUGGAGUUUGCUGCUCAGGAGGACCUGCGGCGCUUCUUGGCAAGCGUCAAGGCAGACUACCAGAUGUACGCUGAGGAGCUGUGGCGCCACAGCGUGACGGUUAUGAAGGAGCUAGCAAACGCCACCGUGGACGACCUGGCAGCCUGUGGCAUUGCGAACAGGAUACACGCAUCCCAUAUCAAGGCGGAGGCAAGCAAGGCAGAAGAAGGACGCGGGAGCGAUGGCGCGCCCCACAAGGGCCCCGGUGGCUCGCCUAAGCAGGGCGCAGCUUCAGUGACGACUGUGGCUCUGGCGGAUGCACAGGUCACUUUGACCUCACGGUUCCCAUGCAUUCAGGAGGCUGGUUCGGAGGCCGUGGCCUCCCGCCUGGAGGACGCGGAGAUGCAGUAUGCGAUGGAAUUCAUCUUGGAGCCAGCUCUGGCAGCCAUGUCGAUGUCGCAGCUGGACACGGAAGCGGGACGCGUGCAUGUGGUUGCACAGAUGCUGCAGGCGGCUAUGGUGCUCUUCCCCUGUGGUGACCGCCUCCAAGUGGAGCACGGCUCAGUAGCGGAGGAUGUCUCCAUUGUCAAGGAGAAAGACAACAAGGAGUACAUGGGCUACGAGAAGCACGUCCGGGCAGGCAGCUUCAGGGGCCGUGUGGAACUGCAGGUGUUGCGGCCCAAGCAGGGGUCAUCUGACAUGCUAUUCACAGGAGCCAUUAAGGUGAAGCUGCCACAUGGCAUCCUGGAGGGCCACAUGGAGCAGGCCAAGAAGGAGGCCUUUGCCAUGUGGUGUCACAAUGCGACGCAGCAGAGCUACGAGCCAGUGUGGGUGGUUCUAACAGACCUGGACCAGGUGCUGCGCGUCACCUAUGAUGGCUACAAUCGCCCAGGCGGAGGGGCGCGCGCAUAUGUCAAGGGGAUGCCAUGUGCGGAUGUGCACGGACAACUCAACGUGGCCGCCCUUUGUGAGCGCGCACAGCAGCACAAGGAGAAGACCCAGGAGCUGCUCAAGCUUGCCAUGGAGCCGGUGCCCAAAACCAAGAAGCCCAGACUGGAGGACAGUUGA